UGUCAUAAUCUGUGACUUCUAAUGAUAUUUUAGAAGGAAAAACUGUCAUCCUUGUGUCAUGUGCAGCCACAAGGAUUUCUGUAAGUCACGAUUAAGACUUUAAUUCUGGGCUUUUACAGCGUAAGUGUGGAACGAGAGAAGAUAAUGGUGAUCUGUGCAAAGCAGCCACUAGAGAGGGAACUGUUUCAUGUUUCCUUUCCCCUUUGCCUAGGCAGCUGUUUGCUGCACUUAAGAAAAGCUUCCUUUUCAGAUCUGGGAAGGCGAGAAAGUCGAGAGGGAGGAAUUCUGGCCGAGAGCAGCAUGAGGAAGCUCACAGCUCUGGCAUGUCCUUUGUGGCAAAGUAAAGCCCAGAAUUACAACCUCCUGCUUCUCCCAGACAUCGAACACGUAGGAAAGCUGCACAUAACGCCAGUGCAGCGCAGGCUCUUGCUGAGGAUGUUGAGGUUACAACUGCAGCCUCUCUGCUAUGGGAAAGGGGUCAAUGUGUAUUUUGGUUUCUUAUCACUUGCAGGCAGAAGGAAGUUGCAUAUGAGGAUGGAGAAUGUCUGUUGGUGGGAAUGUGUGGUGCCUCCAUUGGGGCAUGCAUUAGCAGCAUCCUGUAGGUUGGUAGUCGCCAGGCUGUGCCGGGUUGGAUGGAAGUCGUCUCAGCUAUCCUUAAUACCAUCAUGUUCACGUGAAAACAUGCACACUCCUAUCUGUAAGUCUGUUCUGUAUUUUAUAGUAGCUGCUGUGCUAUUCUAGGUGCUGCGGGAGCAUGUAGGAAGAAGUUGGGUUUAGUUUGCCCUGAGGUUAAUGGAUACUUCGGAGGAAGGAAUGUAUGUUUGCACCUCUCAGUAUCUUGUUGCAGAAAAUGGUAUCUUCUAUGGACGUUAAGUGAUGGGUAGGGAGUCUGGUUUGCGUUUUGAAAAUACAAAUGUAAGGCUAAUACUCUGGGCAAGUUAUGAUUUUGAUGACAAUGUGUAUUUACCUGGCCUCUGCUCUUAACUGCUGCAGUUCAAGUGCAGCAUCCUUUGCUCCCUCUCCUAAACCACCAUGCAGAAUUAUGCACUGUGAAACGCAACUAAGAUACAUCCCAGACUGUUUCUUCGUCCCUGUUUCCCACCAGUGCAACAUUAAAAACUUGGAGUUGGAAGUUACCAUAUAAAAGGAGAAAAGAAAAUUAAUUAAAGGUCAGAGUUGCUUUAGUGUAGUGAAAAUUCAGAUACAAAGUUAUUCAAAUCAGUUUUAACUUCAGGCAGGUGGAUUUUCCUAUUUCUUGCAUAUGUUCCCAUGGUAAAAGCAAUAUCUCAUCUGUCUCAUAGCUGACCACUAGCAUAUGUGUUUCAAGCACAGCCAGAAAAUACUCCUUUGAAGCUUUGGCCAGGCCCUGCAAUCGUCCUGACUUGUCUUUUCUACAUCUUUCCUUCACCUUUAGAAGCAGCCUGCAACACCUGGCAAGACCUGCUUAGUGCCUGUGUUGUCUGUCGGCUCCUGCCACACUGCAGAAUACAGAGUUAAAUCUAAAAAUAGGCUUAAAAAGAGCUUUCUUGAGCGAAGAAGGUCUGUUCUGAGCGGUGAAAAUGCGGAGGAGCCAUAGUGAGCAAAUGGCACUCAGGGCAGGGAAAGGUGGUUUGCUUCCAGUUCUCCCCAGGAGAUCGCCUGGACCAUGACUUUGUGAGCCUGACGUGAGAAGUCAAGGUGGUAUUGAAUGCUCCACAAGUUCAUUUAUCUUCAUGGUCUUCUUCAGAGGCAGAAAACUGUCACUCACUGCUGUCCUUUUAACAAGGAGCAACCGUGGCAUCAGGUGAUUAAAUGCUUCAUCCCAGACUAUGUCAGGAACCUGUGGUGAGCUGGAUACAUCCCUCAAUCUCUUCUGUCAUAGACUAGCCCAUAAUCAGGAGACCAGUCUUCUAACAUAAAUCUGGUCAAAAAUAACCGUAAGCCUCUGUAAAAGGAGUUAUGUGCAAUUUUUGCCCAUUUCAGAGUGGUUAUGUGGCUUCGGUAAUGUUUGUUAAGUGCUUUGAUAUGCUUUGGUGAAGGGCAGAGUGUUAAUAAUUAAAAUUGGAAGGAAGUUCUAAAGUAGUAUGUGGGGAUGACGACUGCUUUCUGGUCUGUUAGUUAACAAAAACGCAAAACAUAAAUGCACAAAUCAGCAGGAAUUCAGUUUAAUUCUCCCUUCCCCCAGCCACCUGCAUGGGCUGAGGAGAGAAAGCAGCUAAUUGUCUGCUCUGCUGAGGAGAUGAAAGAAGCUGGUCCUACAACAGGAAAGGCUAUUGAACUGCAUGAAGGUGGUAAAUUAUCAGCACAGAAAACCGUUCGAGUUGGUAUCUUUAUGUGCUCGAAAAGCACAUUAUUUAUACUGCUCUUUGCAGCGCCAGGGAGCUGAUGAAACCAGCAUCUCGUGACAUGAAUCUUAUGUUUCAGUCCAUGUAAUUAAAGAGGUCAGUAAAACUGAAACUUGUUUUUGAAGCUCUGCGCCUGCUUUGGGGAGCGUCGCAGGGUGUGUUGGGUGAGGACGGGCCCUCUUAAUGGCUUUAUCUUGGCCCAGCUAAAGAGCUGUUUGCAGAACUGCUGCGAUUUGCUGUAAAAGCAGCCUCCUGUUUGUCCAUUUUACUGCUAGCAGUUCCAUUUGCAGAGUGCAGGCAGGAGCAGGCUGCUUGCCAGCAACAGCUUCAUUCAGAUUAGGGCUUUAGUUCAAUUAUGUCCAAUUAACUUUUAUUGCAGAUAGCAGUGAUAAUUACUUGCGAGUCAAUUUUUUGGCUGUGGUUAUCCCAAGGCUAAAGUCUGAGCUUGAUGGAUUUUAAUAACUGAAGUGACGUAUCGCUUUUCCUCUUUUCUUUUUCCCUUCUUCUUUAGGCCUCAAUUAGAUGAAAGGUCAGAAGCUAUGUAAAAAUCCAUCUUACGAUUAAAGCCAACUGUUCUCCUCUUCAGCAGAUGCGUAGGACUGUGUUUUAAAACAAUCUCUUGGGGCUGACCUAAAAAAAAACAACCCCAGGCUUUUUAAACUCUAAGAUCAUAACCUUGAGCUUGCUGCUGCUUUAUCCGAAGAGGGAAUUUGAUGGAGCUGAUGCCACAUGUGGCACUACCUGGAGCCGCCGCCUCGGCUUUUGUUACUGCACUACAUCCUGUUCAAAAUUGCUCACCUCGAAGCCUUUAGUGGUAGCCCUUGGGCAUGAGGAGUGUGAUAUGAACAAUAUUCCAUUUUAAGUGCUGUUGCCCCAAAGCUUCUUCAUUUCUUUCCUUGUUGAGCACUACCAUUGCAGCUCAGGGAGGGGAGCAGAGCUGUGCUGCAGCACCCCACAGGCAUUUAAAUUCCCUCUGCCUUCCCCUCCAAACUGUUUAAUUUUGUUGCCUGAGUAACAUUAUAAAUGGAGGUCAGCCUGAAAGCUGAAAUGGUUUACAAGCGAAAUCACAGUUAAUUAAACUGCAAGAAGCCAAAAUUGAUUUUGAUGGAAACUCCAGCAAAGGUCCACCUGAAUGCAGAAAGCCAAGAGGUCCUGUGCUGGCAGAUGCUGACAGUGCAUUCUGCUUGUCACAGAAGGCGACUUUCUAUUGUUCACUCUUCCUAUUUGUUUCUCCCCAAGUACACUCGGUGCUAUUGUGAUUUAUUGCCAUCUCAAAAGACUACCUCUCUGCACAUUAUUUUGCAGUUUCCCAUUUACAAAACAUUAAAGAGGAUGUGAUACCAGCCCGUGAUGAAUACAGGGCUAGUUUGGUAAUUUUGCUCCAGGAAACAGAAAGAUUUAUCUCUGGCUCUUCAGCAAUCCUGGGAAAGGGCCAUUCUGGGAAGUGCCCAAGAAUAAAGGGGGAGUUUUAAAGCAGGAAGCCUGUGGGAUCUGUCAAGCGAGGCAUGGCUGGCUGGAAGGAGUCAUUGAACACUGAGGUUGGCCGGGGGGGGUUCAGCAUCUACAGGUCACACAAACAACUUUUUGAACCCCCUAGAUUUUAGGUUACCUCAGAAGAAGGAAAAGGAAUGAGUCUCACUUGGUUUUGAGCAGCUUGCCAGGGGGUAAAUGAGACACUGAGUUUCCCUUGGAGCAUGAAAAUUGGCCCGGAUUCAAUUAUGUUUCCUGGCAAGCUCUAACAGACAUUUGUACCAAAGCAACUUCACAACCUAGAGUUAGUUUUGGUUUUUGUUUGCAGCAUUUAUGUUAUGCUGAACUUGGAACGUGCCACAUGCGCUGUAAAUCCCACCAGCGGUUAUGGAACUUCACGGGACUACCCUUGGGAAUAAGGAGAAGCAAAGUGUAUCAACCAGCUCCAAGUGCUUAACAACCCCCACAUGGCUUAUGGGACCCCAGGGUGCUGGAAACUUGGAAUAGUUUGGAGCUUUUCUUUUGUGUGGAGGUGGCUGCUCCUGCUUCCUCCCGGCCCCAGGCUUUGUCAACAAGCCUGGCAGUUAAUCGUGGAAUUUCAAACAUGCAUGUUUACUUUCAGGUCCUAACUUUAGACUUCACCAGCUUGCUUUCGUCUCAACCAGCUCAGCUUCCCAUAUUUCACCGGUCCGUGGUGGUUUAUGGGGAGUGUUUCCUUUGUGUGCUUACUCUGUAAGGCCUCUUGGGAGCUUCUGAGACUGGCGUAGCUAAGAACGUGGCAAUAGUUCUGCACAUGUAGUCUGUUUAUAUAAUGAUAAAGCUGUGUUAGAGUGUUAGAAGUUUCCUAGUAGUACCUGGUUGCUCUACGCCUAGGUUUUACUCUAGCUUGUAAAAGUACCCCCUGGCCUGGGGAGCACUGGCUCUGGCAGAAGCAAUGCUAAACAUUGAAUAUCAGGCAGAAAAUACCUCUUUUUAGUCCAGAAAGGCAGUAUCAUGGUAAGUUUUACUGUAACUGAUUCUUAGCUCUACAGGGAGAGUGUCCCUGGGCAGUGGGUGGAGGUGAGUUCUCCAUCCUAUCUUGGUGGUGACAGGACUUACUCUGAAAACCAGUGCAUGGGACACUGCUGCCUGGACCCUAAUAUGCAGGUAAGGCUGAACAUAACAGUCAUUGUGGGGGUGUGACAGUGACCCCCAAAUCCCAAGCACUGCACAUGCCUCUUAACAUGCUUUGAUUUGAUGAUUAAUAAAUCUUAGGAGGAAAAAAAACCCCUUCUGUUCAUUUGUCUAAACCUGCUAACUGUUUCAUAGAGCAUCCUGCAGUACGUGAACUGUUAAAAUUCUAUCCUGCAGCCAAAUUAGAUUAAAAUCACUUCAAAGCAGCAUAUUUAUUUAUUUAUUCCAUCUAAUGAUUGUUUUCCUCCAGAAAUCUGCUUUAUGUAUAGGUUCAAGACAGAGCUCGUUGUGCUGUGUUUGGCAGUAUUCAAAAUCAGUUUAAAAUACAAUUUGAGAACUUUAAAGGUGAGGGUUUCACAGCUGCCACAUCUUGCUGGGUGCCAAAGCCUGCUGGUCUUGCUUUCCAGUUUGCAGCUGACUGGUUUACUGAGCCUGGUACAGUGCAAAACCCCUUUGGUUUCUGAUUCCCUGCAUCCAUUCCAGCUCCCCCAGUAACAUCCACCCGUCCUCGGAGGGACUGGGGCAGCAGCCCCACGAGGAGCUUUGCAGGUGCUGGUGCCCACACAAGUUGCUGCUGUGGAGCCAAGUUUGCUAGUGAGAGGUCCUGACGUGCCAAGUUCAGUUUAUCUCCUACUCUGGACUGCUUAGAAGCAAUAAAGCCAAGCAGGAGGGGAUGAUGGGCCAAGCUGCCUUCAUGUCAGCACCCCUGUUGGCCUGAGACUGUGAGUAUCAACUGUUUGAGACGACCAUUAAUGCUCACCUUAAUCCCAAACAUAGUCCAUGGAGGGAGCUUCAGUUUAUGUUAUCUGGGUGGUGUGUUGGAGUUAUCUGUUCUAGCUCGUGCUGAACAUGAGCCAGUAGCAGUCAGCUGCUGAGUAUCUCAAAGGGAAUAUAUGUUAAAUAAUUUCUUACCAAAAAAAAUGAAUGGGCUUGUUUGUAAAGAUAUUUCAAAUACUGAGAUCUUGAUUUUGAAAAACACAUUAAUUUCACAGAGAACAAGAAUUGGAGCAGGGUUUUAAUUAUGGGAUUCAGUGAUGGAGUUAGGGUCAGCACUUCUGUAGCGGUCUGGAUUUCUACUUUUAAUGCUCAGCAGUGACCUAGAUGGCAUCGAUUUGAUUAUUGCAAAUCAAGCUAAAAGAAUGAUACUAUGCUUCUGCUUAAAAUUAUAAGUCUGGUAUUUCCUUUAAAAUGAUUAUUGCCACCCCAGUCCUUAUGAUCCUUUGGUUUCACCUAAAAUGAUUAUCUGCCUGCAGGAACAACUUGCCUUUAUAACCCUCUCUAAAACAUUACUCUCUGUAUUGGAGCUAAAGCUCCUGUAAAUACAUGUUUUGACCUUCAAGGAAAUACUUCUGUCUUAUCACAGAAGCCCAGCUAUUCCGAGUUGAAUGCUGUGGCCACUCUUCAAUCACUUGUUCUCUCUCCUAAUGUGCCAUUAUCGUGUUUAUUGCUGUGUAUGUGGUGCUGAGCCUCUCAGCAAGAGGCUAACUCCAAGAGCCACAGUGUUGAGGCUGUAAUGAACGUUAAUGACGGAGCAGGUGAGCAAACCCAACACGGAUCUUGCUGUCAGAAAUGCUGCUUAUUCAGUCAAAGAGCACGUUGAGUGCAGUGCUGUUUCCCCCUGUUGGGGCUGCACGUAAACUUGUCAUCAGUUAAGUAGUGUUGUAGACACCGAGCUCCUUUGCUCGUGCAGGGGUGGGAAGUAAUCCUGGGCUGGCAUCGAGAUGUUACUGAAGUAAAAGGUAGAUGUUUAGGUGAGUAUGAAUAUUAGGUGAGUAUUAGGGAAUGGCGUGACCUGAUGGUUUUCUGACUGCAGUGAAGGCUCUUAAUUUUGUUUGUCUGCUUUUCACUGAAAAAUAGGCCUUGUUUUUGCCAGUCUUCUGAAGUUGAUGAAAUGAGGCAAAAAGGAAAAUAGAAUGACUGUUUUUUCUUGCUGACUGUGAGUGUUUCUGUUGCUUACUCAGGUAAAGCUCUGGCAACAUGCAGUGCUUUUGUCUUCUGAUUAAAAAGGAGCUGGCUUCUCGUUUUGUCUUUUCGGUCGUGCUGGGCAUGAUUUGGGACAAGAAACUGCUGCCCACAGGCUGUUUGCAGAGUUUCACUGAACAUUGCAUACUUAGAGUCACGAAUGAAUCUCAUCUUUAAAGGCUGAGCAACUUUCCCAUUUCUAAAGCAAUUCCUUCAAGAUGUGGAUGUGACAGGUCUUCAGUCAUCUUUUCUGAGCACCUUCUGAAAGACUCCAAGAACUCCACCUCUUACAGAGGAUAAGAGCAAAGUCUGGGUUUAGAUUUAUCUUACAAGGUUUUACAGCUACAUAUAUUCAACUUGCGGUAAUGGAGAUCGUUACUAUCUCCUAGGAAUGAAAUGGAGAAUGAUGUAAACAUGUUGGUGGUUGAGCUGUCGACCCCGCAGCUUGGUGAGGUUGUGUGUUUGUUUCUCACAGCCCUGAGUCACUGUUACUCUGAGUGGGAAGGGUGAAUGGGCAAUAGCUUGGAGUUGUCAAACUGACAUUCAGUGCCCAAACCUAUUUUGAAUUGUUAGUCUCAGUGGCACCCAGCGGGCUCACUUAGCAACACUCAGCUUUUGAGAGCACUCAUACAGUGAAGAUGCAGAAGUUCUCAUAAAUUAAUGUUUGUAUGAGGUUUUGUAGGCCGUUGGUUUAAUCAACCUUUGCAUGUUGAAGCAAGGAUGUAAACGUGGAGCUAAUGAAUUCUACACAGCGAGUAAUUGCUGUGCUACAAAAAAGCUUUAAGUCCGUGCUGUUUGCUGCACUGGUGCAAGUAUUCCUUGGGCUGUCUGACUUGUGGUGGUGGUCUGAGGUUGAGUUUCAAAUUAAAGUUAAUCAAAUCAAAUUAAAACAUCCCUGUAGAGAAAUCUGCUUUUGGAGCUUUCUGGAGCAUGAAGGUGGUGGGACUGUCCAGGACACAGCAUUGACUUUGCCACAUCAGGUGUCAUCCAAAGGGUUCACGUCCUUUGUGCAGUCCUCAGCAGCGUGACUCUUUCAGAAGUGGCCUCUGUGGCUUCUCACAUCAGUCUCGAGCUUUCUGAUUCUCCUCUUUUGGUCUUUGAAUGCCCCCCCCCAGUUGCUUGAAUUGGAGUUUGUGAAACAGUAACUGAAAUUAAAUCAGUCUAUAACUUUUGAAGCUUUCAACUCUUGCUGUAUUUUGGGGGUCAUAUAACAAACCCCAAGGCCUUUCUAGCUGUUCCUCAGGUGUUUUGGCAAAAGUACUCCCUUGUGGAGCAGCACCAACGCUUGUGGAGAUCUGGGCAAGGAAGAGAAGUCAAUUGAUUUCUCCAGUUUGGCUCAGCCACCCUGUUUCCCAGAGCUUUCUAAAGUGCUUGUGGCCGGCUGUGGCUUGCCCCAGUAGCUGUGGCAGAGGGGAUUUGGGCAGGGCCUUAGACCAGGUGGCCUCUAGAGACUGUGUUCCCCCUUAAAUAUCUCUCCAUAAUUCUAGUAAAGUUGGGGGACUUUGAGCCUGAGUGAGGUUUGUUGCUGAGACCCCCCCUCUUUGUACAUCGAUGAUGGGAUUUGAGGGCAGCUGUGCAGUGUUUCUGUAUAAAAGAGCUUCAGUGCUCUGUGCAUUUGUUUUGAGGUUUGAUUUCCUAAAUGCUGAACCUCUGCAGCAGAGGCUGGUGGCACCUCUGCAGCUCCUUUGUGCAGGAGGCACGUCUCGCUGUUUGUCUAACCCGGGUUAGCGAGUCUCCUAUGAAAUGAAGGAAGUUGUAGCCAUUCAUCUUCCAGCCUAAUGGACCACAGAAAUUACAAGCUGUAGCAUGCAGCUUAAUCUUGCCACGAGGCAGAGUGCUGCAUACUUUGCCUUCAAUUUAUGCAUGCCAUGCCUUUUUAUUAAAUGUAAAAGAGCAGUUGACAGGAUUUCUCCAGAGGACUUGCUUUGGCUACGCUUGGUAGAUAGCCAGCACAUUUCAAUACAGUGCAAAUGAAUGAUGGUGGUUUCUGUACCAUCCUUAACAACCACCUUUGAAAUCUGAGGAUGGAGUUAUGGGUUAUCCUCUGUGUGUCAAGCAGCAGAGGAGAGUGAGACAGCUAUUUUAGUUUUAACCCUGCAGAUGAUCCACUUCUUGAAGUAUGCCUGUUGCCAUUACGAGAUGCAGGAAGGGCCGGAGCAGCGGUUGCACAUCUGUGCUUGGUCAGGCCUUCACCCAGGGAUGGCUCUUUGCCACUUUCUUUUCUCUGUUCCUCCUUGUAUUAUAACUUUGAAUUGUCUCUCUGUUGUUGCAGUGUGCAGAGGAGUGAAUGCCCCAUGUUGUGUUAGUGCCUGUCUGCCAUGCUGGCCUGUCUGCCAGGACCAGGUGACCUCUCCUUUCAGCUUCUUUCUUACACGCAGAUGAACACUGGACUUCAGAAAUGUGAGUGACGUUUUGUCUGCAGGAUGUGGUUAACUGUUAAAUCUGGCUCUGGUACAGCUCUGACAUAAACAUUUAGGAUACAGUGGAAAAACUAUUUAAUGUUAGAGUCUUUCUUUUGUUAUGCCUUCAAGGCAUCCAUCAAUAAUGGCUCUGAGAAAUGGCUGUGGAGGUUCAUGUGUGUGCUGCAAGUUCUCCCCCCCUUUCCUGGCUUUAUAAAGGUUAAUUUUAACCACAGCAAGUUGAAAUGCAAGUGAGGUUUCUGUGAGAUUCGUGCCUCUUUGCUGAAAACAUUUUGUGCUAAAAGUGUGCCAGCUGACUUGCUUCUUCACACAGCUUUUUCCUGACUCUUUUUCACUUCCAGUAGUUUAAUUACUCGUAGAAACCAAUGAAAGUUGGAUCAGGCUAAUGCAAACCUUUUGAGGUCAGCAGCUCUGUUGUUCUACAUACCUGGGGCAUAUACUGCAAAUAUUAGUGAUCUAGCCCAAAUUACUAAAGUUCAAAGUUUCCGUCUUCUUUCUGAUGUCUCUUUGGUGCCUCUGAAAAGAUGUCUGCAGAGUUCUCUGAGAAUUCUUUUUUGAUACCUCCAGUCAUUUUUUUGAAGGGUGUACUAGUGUUUUUAAGAACAACUUAUGCUUGGGAAUGUAAGGUCACUGGCUAGAGAUUUGUGUUAAAUCUUACCCUGUCUCUCCUCUUUGUCACUGAAGUUGCACAUUGAUUGUUCAGCUGAAAUUGCAGAAAUACCAAGGUUUCGACAUAAGAUUCUGUGUACUUGGUUCUUAGGGCUGUGACCUGGCCCUCCUGUUUGAAACGUGCAUUGGGAGAUCUCUGUACCCUCAGUUUGCUGAUGGACUCGUUGCUCUUUAAAACCAAGUAGUUUACAGUCCAGUUGUAACCAAAUUGUUAGUAUGUUAAGGCUUGUGAUGGAAAUAGGUAAGAUAAUAUCGCAAUUAAGGUGGACAUGCUCAAAGUCCUCAUCCUGCCAGAAGUGAAUGACGCUGUUCACGUACACACGUGUGCUCUCUCUCAGCACUUGCAUAGCAUUUAUGCCAACUCCACAGGCUUGGUAAUUGUAAUGACACUUCCAGCAAUAGUAAAAAUCUUUAUUCAUGAAAGGACUUCCUUAGGUGGCAUGAAGCUGGGCACCCCUCCUUUCUCUUUCCCAUCUCCAGUUCGAGCUUUGCUGACCGAUGCUUAUUCAAAAGGUAGGCUCUUGUGGUGAGAAUGUGCUGAGGUCCUUGCAUCACGUGGCGGUUCUUUGGUGGAUCAGAAAGCUUAGUUCUGAAAGCAAAUUGUUCAGUAUCAUGUGAGAGUAACUGUGCAUAAAUCAGGUAUUUGCUAAUUACACCUUUACAAGGCAACAUGCUGAUACGUGGGCAGUUUCUUAACCUGAUGGUACCUGAUGCUGUUUCUGAGAACUGCUUAUCCCCGUGCUGAAAGCAUCUCUGUAUCCUGCUUCGGGAAGAGCCCCGGGUACUGCAUUUAGAAGAAUUGAGGGCAUAAAGUAGCUGGCAGGCAGUGGGAAUGCUCGGCUGCUCCAGUUUGUUCUGAUUUAUAUGGAAAAUGAAACUGCUUUUACAGACCUUGCUCACCCCUGCUGCAGAUGUGUGUAAGAUUAAUUGGUGCAUUUCUCUCCGUACUGUUUAUGCACAAACAGUCUAGCCCCUGGCCAAAGGAGAGCUGACUUAAUGAGCAUUUUUAAUGAACAGUGACUUGUGACUUCGGGGGGUUGGAAGUGGGCUUUAAUAAUAAUGCUAUUGCUUUUACAAAAGGCACAGAACUCCACAUGAUAACCUUUAUUCAGAUUUACAGUGUUUGUAUUAAUAAUUUUUAAGUGUAGUUUUCCAGAUCAGACUUUUUAUUAAUGCUUCAAAAUCCACAUUAGCUCAAUUAUCUUUUUUUUUUUUCUCUUCACUUUCAAAUAAGAGGCUUUUUUCUUAAAGCUGGUCUGUGCAGUAGGAGUUUUGAAGAUUAAUAUGCACAUAUUUUUUCCUUUCAAACCGAUCACUACAGGACUUCCAAUUCCACUAUUUUACUUUGAAUUCCAGCCUGCAUCACAGGAAGGGCUCCGCCUGAAAUUCAUCCUUAUCCACGCAGGGGAUUUCUCAGUGACUCCAGUAUAAAUGUGACCAGUCAAUCAGGAUACUCAAGACUGUUUGGGCAGUUUCUGCAGUUGCUGUUGCAUAUAGAGACAGUGGUGCAAGGUCUGAGUAAGAAAGGGUGAUUUUUACAGCAGUGGUGCAAAGUCAAGGUGAAAGGUGCUUGUUGGAGAGCUCUUGUUGAGGGGGACAGGAUGGAUGGACAGAAAAGAGCAGGUUGGGACUGAAGCUGGGUUCAUCACCAAAAUAGAGUCCUUUCUAGGGGCGAGGGCUCUUUCUGUAAAGCCUGUAGCAACUGAGAUUUUUAUUCAGAAGAUGGGUACAGCUGGUUUUGGCUCAUCCCAGCAUGGAUGUUCUCAUUAGGGUAGGAAUCCUGAAGGCCUGUUUGUAUGUUGUUUAAUGUUAAUGAAGAUUUAACCAUGGGCAGUUUUAGAAGCAGUGGGUUUUAAAGCCUUCAUGUGAAAUGCACUUAAAAGAUGUUACGUUGGUGCUGAGGUGAGGCAGAGAAAUCUCAUUUCAUGAUAAAAAUAGCUCCAGCGGUGAGACGCGCACAGGGCUGUGACCAGAUGAGUUGGUUGCCACGGGAUUAGCAGGAGUGUGAACUUGCAGCUCACCAAUUUACUGGGGUAAUUGCUCACAUGCCCAGCUUUACCUUACAGUACACAUGAAAUAAUUACUUUCCAACAAGAGUAUUCUGCCUGGCAUUUACCAUUAGGUAGCUUUGUGGAGCUCAUCCCUUUGUUUUCUUAAUGUAGCUUCUUAUCUGCCAUCCGCCUCAUCAUUUUAUGGCCUGAAUUCUUGCACGUGAAUGAUGAACAUAUUCUAAUACCAGCAUUUCCUUUUGGUCUGUUCUAGCUGGUUUUCCAUUCACUUACUUACCAGUCCUACUUGAUCUUUACUGGUUUGUAGGGUAUUUGUAGGGGAAACUCAGGCUGUUGCUCAUCCCGUAAUGCCUUUCUCCUAAUUUUUUGCUGCCUUAAUAAUUACAGUCAUUGGAUCUUGCCUAUGGAACUACUAGCAAAGCACAUUUUAAGCAGCACAUUGGGACACUCAGAAAUACAUCACCUUCAGGCCUGAGUAGAAUGACUGAGUUAGUUCAUAGUAAAAGGAGCAUAAUCUCAGCUGUACGCAAAAUGGGCACUGUUGGAGAUGAUGAAUGGGUUUUAAAAGAUGGUUUGCCAUUUGGUAGGAUGCCAAACUUGAUGUUAGUGCGUCAUUUAAGUUUAACUGAGGGGUUAUUUUCUCUCAUCAGAGGAAGGAGUACUUCCAGAUUUGGGAUUACAGAUGUGUUGCAACUGAUAGCUGCAGCCUGUUCAGACACUGAUGUUUUAGCUGCUUUCUAAAAGCUUCCAUCGUAGUUCGUAUAACAGAAGAAUAGAUCCUUGGGUAAGAGAAUAUUUAGUGUAUCUGUUUAUUGUUUAUCUUUACCACCUAAUUUGCUGAUAUGACUAUAGAGAUGUAAACCAGGCUGAGAAAUUUUGACGGGGAAGGUGUCUUAAAGUAUCUGCUUAAUUUUUCAUCUGAAAAUAAAGCUUUAUGUGACAAUGCCGCGAGCAUAACAUAAACCGUUACACAGAUAGAUGUGGAUUCCUUUGUCUGGUGUCAGUGGCUCUUCUCUGAUGGUGAGUUGCAAGGGUCAUCUCUUGGGGAAGAAACAGAACUUUAUGAGCAUGGACAAUGCUAAGAAUAAAAGGUUGGGAGUUCAUGAAGGCUUUGGCUUUGAGGAAAGGUAAACGCCAUUCCGAGGCUCAUCUCUCCGUUGGGAGCUCACUCCAAAGGACAAAUAUAAACCAUCUGCCUGCAGCGACAGGUACAGGGAUAUGAAGAGAGGGGACGUUCAGGUUGACAUCAAAUGAGCAUUUCCUUUGAUGAAGAGAAAGGGUGGUGAAUGCUGGUGUUCGGACAGUACAGGGAGUAAGAGUACAACUGGUGCUGUGGUACGUGCUGCGCCAGAGCCGCAGGACAACCUGCUCGCAAAGCUUCUCAUGUCACAAAAGAUACUUCUAAUAUUUCUAUAAUUAUCCUUUCUUUGGGUAUCCAUUUUCUGACCCUUAACUUUCUGAAAGUGAGUGCUCUUAGAGCAGUGCCACUCUCCCUCACCUGUGAUGACUGGAAGCUGCAGGAUGCAGAGAGAAAUGCCUGGUACUCAUGUAUUCAGGAGUCUUUUGGAGGCAAUCGCUUAAAAGAAGCAGAGGUGGAAUGGCCCGACUCUGCUUGGAGUAUAAUUAUAGCAAGAGAGGCACAAGCAUUUCCCUACGUGUCUAAAGUUCUUUCCAGAAGCAGUUGGAGCUUGUGGGCAAGGUAGGUAUCAGGUAAAUCAGAGUAAUCCCAUGCCUCUGUCUCCAAGUCUUUUGUCUGUGUCUGGGCAGUAGCUUCUCCUCAAUCUUAUGAGGAAAUCAUGUAAGAUUGCUGUGUGAUAUGAGGAUGCUGUCCUUAGCAAGGUGCCAUGCUGAAGAAAUAAUUGCGUGCCAUAAAAUAAUGCAUGUGGAGCCUCCUUCCAUUUGCUGAAUUUGGACUGACAAGGGCUUCCUAAUGGACAAAAAGACACUCAAAGUGCUUUCAUAUGUCAGCAUCUAGAAGAGAACUCAGAUGUAAAUGGAGGCUUGAGCUGAAGGGCUUCGGAUGUGUGCUGGGCUUCCAUGGCAAGGUUUUGGUAGCGGGGGGGCUACAAGGGUAGCUUCCGGGUGAAGCUUCUAGAAGCUUUCCCUAUGCCUCAUGGAGCCAAGAGGGACCUGCUGCUGGGCAAGGCCAAGCCCAUCAGUGAUGGUGGCAGCACCUCUGGGAUAAUGUAUUUAAGAAGAAGGGGGGGAAACUGCAGAACUGCAGCCAGAGAGGAGUGAGAAUAUGUGGGAUAAACAGCUCUGCAGACACUGAGGUCAGUGCAGAAGGAGGCAGGAUGUGCUCCAGUCGCUGGAGUAGAGAUUCCCCUACAGCUUGUGGUGAGGACCAUGGUGAGGCAGGCUGUGCCCUGCAGCCAUGGAGGUCCAUGGUGGAGCAGAGAUCUACCUGCAGCCCAUGGAGGACUCAACACCAGAGCAGGGGGAUGCCCAAAGGAGGCUGUGACCCUGUGGGAAGCCCACACUGGAGCAGGUUUGCUGCAGGAUUCAUGUCCUCAUGGGCAACCCGCUCUGGAGCAGCCUUUUCCUGAAGGACUGCACCCCGUGGAAGGGAUCCACAUGGAGCAGUUCAUGCAGAACUGGAGCCUAUGUGAAGGACUCAUGUUGGAGAAGCUCAUGGAGGACUGUCCCCCGUGGGAGGGACCCCAACACUGGAGCAGUGAGGAGUGUGAGGUGUCAUUCCCUGAGGAGGAAGGAGCGGCAGAGACAACGUGUGAUGAACUGACCACAACCCCUCUUCCCCUGCGCCACUGGGUAGGAGGAGGUAGAGAAAAUCAGGAGUGAAGUUGGGCCUGGAGCAAGGUGGGGGGAUUGGGGGGAAGAUUUAGCUUUUAUUUCUCAUUUUCCUACUCUGAUUUGAUCCGUAAUAAACUAAUUUCCCCGAGUCGAGUCAGUUUUGCCUGUGAUGUUAACUGCUGAGUGAUCCCUCCCUUCCUUAUCUCAACCCAGGAGCCUUUCAUUCUAUUUUCUCUCCCCUGUCCAGCUGAGGAAGGGAGUGAUGGAGCAGCUUUGGUGGGCACCUGGAGUCCAACCCAGCACAGUAGGGUUCCCACCUCAGCGUUAUAUGGGUUUAAUGUUUAAUUCAUAACUUUCUGAUUUCCAAUGACAUGGUAAAGAUACUGAGAAUGGCUUGAAGAGCCAUGGGGGAGGCAGCCUUAAAUUAAGAGACUAGAAACUAGGCCACUACCACAAACUGUAAGAAGUAUUUCAGGCUGGAGACAACCCAAUGUUCAUAGCACGUUACCUGUUUUUGUCCAACUGUAAACAUACUCUGAUGAAAACAGUUUUUGUUUUGCUCCCAUAGGCAGGUCUUGCCUUAAGCUGAACUGGGGCUUGUGUUGGUCACCAGGUAAUAAAGGGAAUGAGGCAUCUGGUACAUGACCCGCUGGUCUGGGAAGAUGAGGUUCUUGCCUCUUGAUUCCUUGGAGAUUUUUCUACUCUUGUUGUGCAACUGUCUUGCCCUGGGCUUGAUCGUUUGCUUACCAGGAUAUGUAUUGAUGAUUUUCCUUUUCUCCACAGGGGACACUACACAGAAAAUGAGAUCUGCACAGUAUCCUACCCCAGCAGAAUUGGAUGCUUAUGCUAAGAAGGUCGCCAACAACCCACUGACUAUAAAAAUCUUUCCAAACAGUGUCAAGGUUCCCCAGAGGAAACACAUACGCCGUACUGUGAACGGACUUGAUACUUCGGGCCAGAGGUACAGUCCUUACCCAUCUCAGGCCACCACCAAAACAGGCCUCCUGGCGAUAGUCAAAUCUCCAGCAAAAGGAAUUAUCAAAGACUUUGACGGGACACGCACGCGUCUGCUGCCGGAAGCGAUGAUGAAUCCCCCUUCCACCCCUUACGUUGCACCUAGCACUUUAACCCACCCCCAGGCGCUUGCUCGCCAGCAGGCUCUCCAGCAUGCACAGACUUUGCAGCACCCCCAGAGUAUCCCGCAGCCACAGACUUUGCAGCACCCUCAGGGUAUACCCCAGCCACAAAGCUUACCGCACCCUCAGGGGAUCCCGCAGCCGCAGGCGCUGCCGCACCCUCAGAACAUGCAGCAGCCUCAGGGCUUGCAGCAUCCUCAGACCAUGGCACACCAGACUCUGCAGCACCCCCCAAAUCCUUUGCUGCAGCCGGGUUUACAUGGAAGCAGAAAGAUGCCGGAUGCAGACGCGCCGCCGAAUGUGACCGUGUCUACCUCAACCAUUCCCCUCUCUAUGGCUGCCACCCUGCAGCAGAACCAGCCACCGGACCUGAGCAGCAUUGUGCACCAGAUUAACCAGUUCUGCCAGGCCAGAGCUGGCAUUAGCACUACCUCAGUGUGUGAGGGACAGAUUGCAAACCCCAGCCCUAUAAGUCGCAACCUGCUUAUCAAUGCAAGUACCAGGGUAUCUACUCACAAUGUCCCUACACCCAUGCCUUCCUGUGUAGUUAACCCUGUAGAUCAUGCUGCUGCUGCUAUUCCUCCUGCCUCUGUUAAUGUGCCCAUGGUGAAUAUUAACAGGGUGCCGCCCGCGUACCAGAACGAAAUCAAAUCGGUUGCGUGGAACCAGCACCAGCUUGCACAUCUGCAGCAAAUGUGUGGGGAUGCUGCUGGGCCUGCUGGACUCGCAGGGAAGCACCCUCAGAGAGAGAUCACAGGGCAGAGCUUCCCUGUCAAAACUUCAAACUACCCUCAAGAACUGUGCAUGGGCCAGUCCUUCAGCUUGAAGCCCCCCAUCGAGAAGCCUACACCUUCUCCACCUGUGAACGGGUUGCAGGGACCUUUGCCAUAUACCAAUGGGCACUAUUUCCAGCCCAUCUGGAAUAACAUUCUGCCCACACCCAACAGUGACAGCUCUGGGUCCCAGGACCUCGCCAUGCCUUUCCACGGGGGACAGCCAGCAGGAGCACCGCUAGAUUGUGCAGGAGGACCUCAUUACAGAGCUGGAGCUGGCCCAUCCAGCCAGAAUAAUGUGAUGCAGACCAUGGAUUACCUAAGUGGGGACUUCCAGCAGUCCUGCUUCAGAGAUCAGAGCAUGGCCGUGCUGGGAAAAGUCCAUCGGCCCCCCAUGAACCGAGCACCUGAACCAACCGAUAGUCGAAAUCUUCAUAUUCAACACCCAGGGUAUAGAUAGGCUGCAGUCACUUUCACAGACAAAAGAAAAAAUAGAGGUUUAGUCUUAAUUUUAAUUAAUAAGCAAGGCAUUUUUAACUUGCAAACUUGUGUGAUCAUUAUAGUAACCAUCGGAAGACGACAUACUGUAUAUUUAAAAGCUUUGCUUACGUGUUACCUAUCUCCUUUCUGUAUCAGAUAUUUAACAUGCCUUUUGUGUCAGAGGAUUUCAUUACACUACUUCACGCCGCAGCCCUUUCCUCACCACAGAACUCCCCCCUUUUGUGCAGCUUCUGCCUUCUGCUUAGCAGCUCCUUGCUGGACUGAUGUUGAGUUGCUGCAGGGUUUCGCCAGCUCCGUCAAGAGCGAGGUAGCGUAGCUGCUUAAAUUUCCAUCUCCAUUUCCUCUGAAGAUUAAGAGCAACAGGAUUUGUCAGGAAGCAGGGCUUAUUUUCGACUCGAAAGCCCAUUUCAUUAAUGCAUUAAACACUGACCAUUUGCACUGUCUAGAGGCCUGUUUAAUUGAAAAAGAAGCCUACGUUUGAAACAAGCUAGCUACGGGGAUGUAUUCGGGCAUUAAUAUAGGAAGAAGCUUUUCAGCUCUUCCUUGCCCACCUUUAUCAUUUUAGACUUUGUCCAAAGUCAAAAGUCUCUGGCAGGUAUUUCUGACACUUCUUUCUUUUGCAGACAGGGUAUGGAGGAGGGGGGAAUGGUGGGUUUAGGAGGCAGCAGAGCUGCCAUAGGUAGCUGCCUUUUCUCUGCAUCGUAUUUCCCUUCCCCACUCCCUUCUUGCCUAAGAGCUAGCUUUGUCUGAACCCCUCGCUGCUAGGAGUCUGGCUGUCCUGAUGUGAAGGGAAUCCAGACCCACUGACAACUCCAAAAAGGGUUCAGCUUUUUGGUAGCUAAAAUGAAUUUCAGGGUGAGGAGACAAUAACCAAUGCUCAAGGCAGUGUGGCAUGGUCCCAUUGCUGCGAAGCUCCGCUCAUGAGCCACCAUGGGGACCAAUGGUCCCGUAUUCCUCUCCUUCAGAACACCACAGCAGGUUUAACAGAACAAUUCCUCUCCCUGGGGAUUAGCAAAGCUCUUUCUAACAUCCCUUUAUCCCAGGGUCUCGGUGCCUAACUCCUCUUGUUCCUUUCCCACAUCACUUCCAGCAGCUAGUCGAGUUGGUGACCGUAGGACACUUAACUAUCGAGUAACCUCAGCAUCUUGUUCUCCUCAGCGUUACCACAACACACCUUUUCCUUUCUAACAGCCGGAUUUCUUGUAAGUAGAAAAUUCCUCAUCUCUAUUAAUGAGACUAAUACUUGAACAUAAUGAUCACAAUCAAGUUUGGAAAUUAAAAAAAGAGAAAAAAAAAGAAAAAAAUUAAUAAAAAAGCAAAUGCAUUGAUUCUUUAUAUGUACACUGGCUAAAAACUAUUGCUCUACACUGUAACUUUUAAGUGUAAUAUUUCUGUAUGAAUGUCGCCUGGUAGUGUGGGUUUGAGUAGCAUUGUGUAUGGGUGAACCCACUUGGCCUCUGCCAUCCACUGGCCUCCCUCACAGCCCUUGGAAACAAACAAAGCCUUAAGUAUUUGCUCCUCGAACUUUUCCUUCACGAGCAUGGUUUCAAAGAAAAAAAAAAUCUUAAAAGACAUCAUACAAAAGUUAAAAACACACAUAAAAGAAAAAAAAAAGAACAAAAAAAAAAAGAAGAAGUAACCAGUUUUGAAGUGGCGUCCUAGUUGGCUAGAGAUUCUUUACAAGUUUUUUGGUAAAUGGAGAAAUUAGGAGACAUUUCUUUGUAUUUUUUUUUUAAGUUAGACGUGUAGUCCUGGGCUGUAACAACUAUUUAGGUUUCCAAGCUUAGCAGAGUACGUUUCCUGACUCCUUGCGUAAGUUAGUACACUUAUGGCAUUAUUUAAAUCCCUUGAAGUGUACUCUAAACCGUUCUUUAGUGGGAACUCUUUUAGCAAAGUGAAGCAAUUUGACUAAAGACGGAUUAAAUUAUGUGUUGGCUUGUGUUGCCUUAUAUUUAAAAAGAGAAAAGGAAGACUUGCCUGAUUGUGUUAUGCCAAAUGAUAGCAACAUGAAGUCCUAAUUUAUUGUUUAUAAUCGUAUUCCUGCAGUCUUUGUGAAAACUGGUAAAUAUACAUCUAUGAAAGAACUAAAACCCCUGAGGCUUUUCAUGCAAUAUUUUUCUCAAUACAUGAUAGUGGAAGCCAAGGUUUGAGCCUGAAGCUGCUCCCCUUACGGUCUCCCCGCCGUGUCCCCCCAUCCUACCCCUCCUAAACCGAUCUAGGGCUGUGCGAUGACUUUAACCUGCUGAGUUAGUUCUGCUACCUGAAUCCUUUCCUUUUUACUAAAUAAACUACUGGCGUCUCCUCUGUUCAGUAGCCUGCUGCAAAUCUCAA